AUGGCCGACGAGACGGCUACCACAGAGCAGGCUCCUAUUACCUUCACUGUCAAGUCAUCCACUGAUGCUAAAUACACUCUGACCCUCCCGCUCAGCACUCUCGUGUCAGAUCUCAAGCAGAAGCUCUCAAGCCCCGAAAAUGCCGAUACCCCCGCAGAACGUCAGCGAUUGAUCUACUCGGGCAGGGUUUUGAAAGACACUGAGACACUUGAAAGCUACAAAAUUAAGGAUGGCCAUACUAUUCACUUAGUAAAGAGUGCUGCGAGCAAUCAGCAGCGUCAGAACACAGCUGCUCAGCCCAGCUCAGCCACUGCGGCAGCUGGUGCAACCCCAAGCCCAGCGGCAGCUGGUGUGCCGACCAAUCUCGCUGCUGGUACUGGUAACAACCCACUUGCUGGCUUGACUGGUGCACGAUAUGCUGGGUUUGCACAACUUCCUGGGGCGGGUCUUUUUGGCCCUGAUGGUGGCAUGGGUCCACCCCCAGAUACCGAGUCGAUGCUCAACAUGCUCGAGAAUCCUCAAUUCCAAUCGACUAUCAAUGAAGCCCUACAAAACCCCGCUAUGAUCGACAUGAUGAUCCAGCAGAAUCCCAUGCUUCGCGACAUGGGACCUGGAGUCCGUCAGAUGAUGGAAAGCCCAGAAUUCCGUCGCAUGUUGACCGAUCCGAGUUCGAUUCGGCAGAUGAUGCAAAUGCAACGAGCCAUGGGAAUGGGUGGCGGCGGACUUGGGGGCGGUGACAAUGCAUUCCCCGCGCCGGGGGUGACAAACACGACUCCUGAAGGAGCACAAGGUUCCGAGCAGCAGAAUGCACAGACAAAUCCAUUCGGGCAGAUGCCUCAGAAUCCGCUUGGAAACGCAAACCCUUUCGGUGCCCUCUUCGGAGCUAACCCGUUCGCAAACCCAGCGCAGCCCGGCGCUAACCAGCCCGGCGCUGUGCAAGGUACCGGCUCUACGGAUCGAUCAGCAUCUGCUGAGGGACAAACUCCUCAAGCUCCUCAGAACCCUUUUGCAUCUCUUCUAAAUCCGGCUAUGUUUGGCAAUGCUGGACAAGCUGGUCAGGGAGGUGUGAACCCGUUCAAUCCUCAGCAAAAUCCAUUCCUCCGUGACCCGGCGCUACUUUCCCAGAUGAUGCAAGGUAUGGGUGGACAGGGCGCAGAGGGUGGAGCUGCUGGUGCAAACCCUCUGGCUGCUCUCCUUGGAGGCGGUGGUCUUGGUGGCUUCGGAGGUGGUUUCGGAGCCCCACCACAGCCUGCAGACACCCGCCCCCCGGAGGACAGAUACGCCGAUCAGUUGCGGCAGUUGAAUGACAUGGGAUUCUUCGAGUUUGAACGGAAUAUUGAAGCCCUGCGUCGCGCAGGUGGCAGUGUUCAAGGGGCGGUGGAGUACCUCCUUACCCACCCAUGA